UGACAGUCGACACUUCUUCCUUGAAAAAUGAAAAUAUCGUCUCUGCAACUUCACACGCGCCUCACAGGGUGCAAAGCCCUCGCCAAAUCAUCUGCAAUUCAAUCCUUCAUCCUCAACCCAACCACAAGGACAGCGUAUCUCAGAACCCCCGUCUCUUGCGUCUCAGAGAGUUCAGUCAAAAGGAUCAGAGCCGCGAAAACAGGUCUUGGACCGAUACCCAAAUCGCAGAUCCUUGCGAAGAAUGAAACUUUGGAGAAAUCCUCAGAUGGGUACUCGAGGAUCUUUGUGAUGAGUGGGUUGUCAAUGGGGUUAAUGUUGCUGCUUCUGAGUGUUGACGCAGAGAAGGCGAUGGCGUUCGGUCCAGAGGGUCCAUUGGUGGAGGAGUUUUGGGACAACGUGAGAAGGUACGCUCUUUACGCGCUGACGGUCAGUACCGGAGCCAUCUACGCCGUGGUUGAGCCCAUCUUGGAUCUGCUCAAAAGCCCAAUCUCCGCGAUUCUCAUUCUGAUCAUCUUAGGUGGAAGCAUUUAUAUCUUCUCCCAAGUGCUUUCCGCCAUGGUUGGCGUCUCUGAUUUCGCUUACGACUACGGAUAUUGAUCAACCAAUGCAAGAUAAGUUUGUCUUUUGAGAGCUUGUGUAGUUUUGGUUGAUCCUUAUGCAUUUCUUGUUUGGCCUGUACUUCAUCUGUCAGCGAGAAAGUUGAUAAAAGUGUGGCUUGAAUCGGUGUUUUGAGUA